AGCGAGGCUGGGACUGCAGCGGGCGGGCGCAGAGCCAGGGCGGCUCCGCUCCGCUAGCACCGGGCCCCUGCAGCGCCCCCGCCGGCCUGAGCGCUCGCGGGGCCGGCGGGGCUCGGCGGCCGCCGCUGCUGAUGGAGCCGCCGCAGUGAUCCCAGUGCUGGGGUGCUGAUGAAACUGGGGACCCGACCGGAGCACAGAUGGGGCUCAUUAGGAACCUGGCCGGCUGCAGUGCCAUCCUCGCCCAUGCGCUACUGCUGCUCCACAUUGAGGCACUGAUGCAGUCAGGGCUGGGGGAACCAGCUCCCAAGAUUAAUGGGCAGUCACUGUUGGUGAGCACCAUGCAGGAGGAUGAGAGCCGGGACUUCACCUGCCAGGUGGACAGCUGGCAGGCCGUGCCCAUGCUCACCUGGUACCUGAACGGCAAGAAGCAGGAGACCAACGGUUCCACAGUGUUGGCCACCUUGGCUGAGGCCUUUGAGCAGAGCUCCAGCACUUUCACAGUCACGGCACAGCGCGUAGACAGGGAACUGAACUGCUCACUGACAGACCUGGCCUCUGGCAAGACCUCCAACGCCUCAGUGCUUCUCAACGUGCAGUUUAAACCGGAGAUCAUGAUGAUGAAUGCCAAGUACCAGGAGGCCAAAGACCCGGGUCUCUUCAUGGUUCUCUUUGUCCUGGUGCGGGCCAAUCCCCCAGCCAGCAUCACCUGGACAGACCAGGAUGGGCACGUGAUGGUGAAUACAUCCGACUUCCUCAUCCUGGACACCAAGAGCUACCCCUGGCUGACCAACCACACCGUGCAGGUGCAGCUCAGCAGUGUGGCCAAGAACUUCUCUUUCACCGCAGCCAACAAUGUGGGCAUCACCAACUCCUCCAUCCUGCCACCAGGUUUCCUGGAUACCCGUGUGGAGCUGCCCCUACUGGCCAUCAUUGUUGGAGGAGCCUUGGCACUGGGGACUCUCCUCUGUCUCAACACCCUCAUCAUCUGUGUCAUCUGCAGGAAGGGGAAGAAAGCGUCAGGGCUCUCUGGACCUAUGCCGCUGCCUCCAAGCGAUUCCAACAACCUGAAGCUGAACAGCGUGCGACUGCCCCGAGAGAACAUGUCUCUCCCGUCCAACCUGCAGCUCAAUGACCUCACGCAGGAGGCCAAAGCCAGCCAUGGAGAUGUGGGACUCCAGACCGAGCGGAAGGAUGAUGCCCUAUCGGAGCCAGAGAACAGCCUGGGCCUUGGUUUUGUCCGGUUCCCGAUGGUUGGGCACAUUUACGAAGUGUCCAGCAUGAGCAGUGAUGAGAUAUGGCUGUGACUCUUGCGGGGUCCAGGUUAUCCCUCAGUCUCCUGAUCCAUCAGCACUGCAGACCCAUCCAGAAGCUGCCAUUCUCCCCAGAGGCUCCCCUAGGAUCCCAGACUACAGAGGCAGCUCAGAACAAGUUCUCUGUGUAACCACCACCAGAGCUCCAGGUGAGAAAAGUGCAACAUCACUAACUUCUUGUGACUGCAGGUCUUCCAUACCAUCCUGCCCCAAGGAUCUCUGGGUUCUUCAGCUCUCACACUUGAGGAGGUUAGCUAGUCUCACCUAAAACAUCAGGGAGUCUGAUUUUUUAAGAACUCUCCAGUGUGCGGGGGGGCAGGUGGAGCACCAAGAAUAGGAAUGGCCCGUGCUCCUGCCCAGCAGUAAGACGAAUUCAUGCAUGCAACAGCCAUGGUCAUUUCAUCUCCACUCAGCCAUGGGAACACCCAUCUCUGAAUGGAUCAGGGCUGCGUUCUGGAACUCCUGUGAGGAGUCUGUAACUGGUGGGAGUGGAAGAAGGGGAGGUAAUAUCAGCAUUUUAGGGAAGUAAAUAUGAGUAGGGGGGAUGGCCAGGAAGCCUGACUCACUCAAACUCCAGUCUCAGUCAGUCAUACAUUCUCUCUCUCUCUCGGGCCUGGCCAAGUACCUAAUCCAGUGACUUCCAAAGUGGCUCCUGAUGUUGGUGUCCAGUCUGACUCCUGAUGACUAGGUUUCAGAAGGGCUGGUACCUGCUGUUUGGAGGUGGGGGAGGAGAAAGAGUAGGAAACCCAGAAGAUUGGGAUUUAGGUGUUCCAAGGUUCCAGGACUACUUUGGAAAAUGUGGCCUGUUCCAUGUGUGUGUUAAGUCUGUUCCAUCUCCCACUGUAUGAUACUCACCUCCCCAUGGGGCUGGGAGGGGAGAAGCACUCCAAGAAUGGUAUAGUUCUAAAACCUGAAAUAGCAAGCUGUGAAGCUGUUAUUUGUCAGCUGCUCUAGUUCUGUGUACUCACUCUGCUAGGGAAAAGUAAACCUCACCAGUUUGGGAUGAAACAGCAAAAAGAGUGAGAGUACCCCCUGGUGCUUCUCAGCAUCCAGUUAACUCCAGCCCUGUAUUGGGAGAGCAGUGAUGGUCUGCUUCUGGGUAUCCUAUAAU